GCAUUUAUUGGCAUUUGAUAAGUCACUCAUCCCACCGCGGAAAAUUCUAUACAGCUUCUUCACACUUCCUGUCUCAGGUCUCAUCUUAAAAAUUGGACAAAAUUCACUCCGAUCUUUGUAAACGUGGCUUUACAAAGUUCCACGUGACCUAAUUUGCAUAUAUUCCACAUUCUACAGUAUUUCUUCAGGAUAAGAAACAAUGGACCUUUCCCAAAUUAUUCGAACUUGGACGAAUGGAAACGCUUACGUCGAACUUUUCCUCUACAUUUUCCUCGCGGUCAUCGCAUUCUUCGUGGUUUUCCCGUUUCUUCAAGGUACCAGCGAAUCGAGCGAAUUUGUCUCGCAGAAGUUAGAAAAUAGUGCCAAAUGCGAAUCUGAAUUCAAAUCGUAUCACGACCUCAAAGAAGCCGGACUUCUUCAGCGUGGCGAUUUGAUCGAAUGUGAACGCGUCACGUGGACGUACGACCAUUGGAUGAUUUACGUUGGAGGGGACGACGACGGGGUGAUUCAUCUCACGACGAGUCGAGAAAAAGGGACUGAGAUUCGCCGGGACAAAUUGAAAGACGCGGUUAAAAGUUCGAAAUGUAGGAUUAAUAAUUUACACAGUUCUGCCUUAGAGAGAGGAUUAUUGUAUCAAUCUCGUGAAAGCGUGGCACAACGAGCUUGGGAAGAAUAUGCAAAAUUUCAGCAGCAACAACAAGGUUUCGUCAAUGAGGACGCCGAAGCCGUGCAGUAUCACUUGAUGAACUUUAACUGCGAACAUUUCGUAACAUAUUGCGCUUUUGGAACUCCUUUCAGCGAUCAAGCCGAUAACGCUAAGGACAAGGAAAUUAUCAACAACAUUGCGGAUCGCGUCGCCUCGUCGAUUCAUUCGGUGUCUGAAAAUAAUCAAAAUACAAAUAAUGAGUGUGAAGAAUUGUAAAUAUUUUAUUUUACAGGGAAAUAGUUUUCAUAAAAAAAGUUGUGUAAA